GUGGACUUCGGCCAGCAAUACCAUCAACACCAUCAGCAUGGCGAGUCGGACAUUUCUGGAGCAUUAUAUUGCAUAUCUCACGUCCUGGAAAGGGUUCUUGGCGGUUGUUUUCGUGGCGGUGUUGAGUUGGGGAGUGUGGAGCGAGAGAAGGAGGCGGUUAGCAAGGGCGCGACUGGAGCGGAAAGAUGUGGUAUCCGGAUGCUUUCGGUUGGGGCUGUAUGGGAGAAGCGAACUGGAUGACCAGUAUCUGGAGGAAGGGGACAGUCGACGUCGUCAGCAUGAUCAUCAUUAUGGCGAGAAACAGCAGAGGGCAGUCGUCAAGGCCAUUUUCGUGUACCCGAUCAAGAGUUGCGGCGGAGUGGAGCUGCAGAGAGGUGGAAUAAUCUCGACGGGAAUGGUGUGUGAUCGGAUUUUCUCGUUUGCGCAGCUGGUUUCGACAGAUACGACUCAUGAGUGGCGGUUCAUUACGCAGAGACAGUUUCCCAAGCUAGCACUGCUGCAGACGGAGUUGUGGUUGCCCGAUGUGGAACAGGUCAGCGAAAACACGGAACUGGAUAAGAUCGGAAGCUGGUCCAUGAAUGGCGGAUGCGUGGUGGUCCGGUUCCCAUACCCAACAGACGCCAGAUACGGUUCCAGCGCAGAAACGGUCACGAUACGGCUGCCUCUUAACGCGACGUACGAACGCAGCAGAGCGAAGCAAUAUGUGGAAGAGAACGUCACCAUCUGGACCGACCGCCCUCUGGCCAUCAACAUCACAAACGAGAUUGAUCCCAAUUCACUCGCCAAACUAAAGUACUUCCUCGGAGUCAGCAACCCGCUUGGCCUCUUUAAACAACACGACGACCAACUCCGCAAAAUCUCACGAAGUCUACCACCCAACAGCGCGGACCAAGAUUAUCGAGUAGGAUUUCCGGAUGCCUUUCCCAUACAUAUCAUGAACAUGGCCAGUAUCAGAGACAUUGACGCCUCGCUGCCCGAAGAAACUGCAACCAAGGGAAGACUGGACGCUCGUCGAUUCCGAGCAAACAUUUACGUCUCCGGACCAGACGCAUAUACCGAAGAUCGCUGGAAGCGAAUCGCGAUUGGGAACACAGCAAGUGAGAAUGGACGGCAGAGUAUUCCCGCCAAAUUCCACGCAGCAUGUCGGACCGCCCGAUGUCAAUUACCGAAUGUAGAUCCUCUCACUGGAAUCAAGGAUCGUCACGAACCAGCCACGACAUUGACACGAACACGACAAGUCGACGAAGGAGCGAAACCCCAUCCGUGCCUGGGCUUGUCGAUUAUCCCGAUGUUUGAGAGGGGUGUGGUGAGAAUUGGAGAUGAAGUCACAGUGCUCGAGACAGGCGAGCAUUAUUAUCAAAAGAUGUUUCCAUCUUCGUAGCAUUUCCUUGUGUUGGAGAAAAAGAAGGAAAAGAAAAGA